AUGUCAUCACUUAUGGAGUGGAAUGAUUUGUUUGAAUCGAGCAUUGGGAGCACCAUUUUGAGUCGAGUGUUGAGCUAUUUAUCAUUGGAAGAACAAUGUAGACAAUCGGAAUUGGUUUGCAAAAGAUGGAAAGAUAAUUCUCAUGUUGAGGCCUUUGUCUUGGAAAAUUCAAAGCAUAUCCAGACCAAGUUCGAACAUAUAAUUUUGCCCAAUUUGCUGUUGCGUCAUGGAAACACAUUGAAAAGCUUUCGAGUCGAUUGUAGCUUUUGGGAGCAAAAGAAUACAAAAUUAAUUACUGUUGACGUGCUCCGAAGAAUUGUAAAAUCAUGUCCAAACAUCACGGAAUUGUCACUUCCCAUGUGUUCUAAUUUAACAUCCUCCACAGAAACAAGCCCGCUUCAAAGUUUGGCAAGUCUUGAAAAUCUUGAAAAAUUGAAUUUGAGUGGAUGUAACUUGACAGACGAACAUUUGAAGGCCUUGUCAAAACUUUCCAAAAUUAAGGAACUCAAUCUGAGUAUUAACCGUUAUGUAAGCGAUUUGGGAAUCAAAUACUUGUUCCAACAGUCAACAAGCACCAUUGGUGGUUGCUUACAGGCUCUAGAUCUCAGCUUUACUUCCAUUGGAGACGACUCUGUUCUCUGCAUUCGAACACUAUCCACACUAAAACAAUUGCAUUUGAUGCACACCUCCGUCACCCACAAAGGUCUGCAAAAUUUAUGUGCCUUUGAACAUGGUCCAAAACUUGAAAAGUUAAAUUUGCUUAAUUGCAUGCAUGUCACAGAAUUGCCAUUCCUCAACAGUGCCAGACUGAGCAAUUUGAAGGCAUUCAUGUAUUCUCUCCCGAGCACGGCUACCAUUGAAAACCACCUUUCUCAUUUGACAAACCUUACAAUGUUAACCGAGCUCGUCCUUGUCAACAUGAAUGUUCUGACAAGUUGUAUGAUGAAAAUAAUUUCUCAAAUCACGACCUUAGACACGCUGAGCAUUCGAUGUAACCAAAUAGAAGACUCCAGAUGUGAUUCAUCGGUAGAUAACUCGGUGAUGAAAAUGUUGGAGAAGUUGUCCCACUUGAAAAAAGUGGAUCUUCAAGUUGUAGAAAUGGACCCAAUAUCUGAGGGCGUUAUUGAAGCUUUAAAAUUUCUGCCUAAUCUCGAAUUUCUCUCCGUUCAGAGCCUUCAAAAAGCGAAAGCUUCUAAAUUACUGAACGAGUUGUUCAACAAGUAUUCGGAUUCAACAGUCGGUGAAAAAUUGAAAUUUGUUUCAAUUGACGUACCUGGAUACAAUGUUGACUCGAGCGGUUUCAAGUUUUUUGCCAAUAAUUGUAAACAAUUAGAGUCAAUCUGUGUACCUCUGAGCGACAAUAUACCGUUCGCCAAAUAUUCUCUUUCCAACUUGAAACAUUUCACGUUAGCACAAUCCUCAAUGUCACGUCCAUUCUCAGAUGAAUCCAUGUGCGAGUUGUUGGCACAUACCGGUCACUCCCUUCAGAAACUAUCUAUUCGAGCAGGUUCUGGAAUGUCACAAGUUCUUGAGAAUAUUGUCAAGUACUGUCCCAAUUUGACCGAUUUAGAGGUAGACCUUAAUGUAUUGUCCAGUGAUGAUGCAGUUUCAUGCAGUAUUGACUCGUCCCUACAAGCACUCAGUAAGUUGCAUUAUUUGCAACGGUUGUCUCUUUCAGGAAAUGAAAAUUUGUGGAGCAUUAACAAGUCCAUUGUUCCUCUCGCAAGAAGCAUGACUAAUUUGACUGAAUUAUGUUUACCCUCUUCGAAAAUUGCAACUUGUUCCUCAAUGCUCUUUGAAAAAUUGUUUCCUCACACCACUAUCCAAGAAAUCUAA